UUGGCGCUUCUCUCUCGCUUUCAUUUCCCGCUAACAACCAAGCUUCAACUUCAAACUCUUGCCUUCCCAAACCGGUACAGUUUCCCGCCAUUUUUAUCCAGAAGAAGAUUCGUACAAUCUCCUUUAUGAUGCAGGAAUCAUUUCCACCGGUCGAUGACGAUGGCGCUGGUGUUAUCGGCUUCUUAUCGUUCAGAGACCGCUCUCUUUCGAGGCGAAAUCUCAAGCAGCAUCAGGAACAAGGCAAUGUGUCCUCUGAUCGCCCUGUCACGCGUUCUCGAUCAAACCUCGGCCGGUCCGAUAGCCGCCUCUGGUUUGCGUUCAGUAGGAGGUCCUUCUUCGUUUGCGCUGGCUUCGCUUUGCUCUUGCUAUUCAUGGUUUCGUUUUAUCUGGAGAGUUUGAUGACUUCGGUGUUCUUGGAAAGGAGCGAGAAAGCUUGGUCGCGCGAUUCAGAGUUGAAGCUCGGGAUGACGCUUAAGUUCGUUCCGCAGAGGAUUCCUCGGAAGUUUAUUGAAGGUAAUAAGGUUGAUCGAUCGCACUCGGAGGAUCGUUUUGGUUUUCGGAAACCUAGGCUUGCUCUGAUAUUGAGAAACAUGGAGAAAGAUUCACUAUCCUUGUUGUUAAUUACUGUAAUGAAGAACAUGAAGGAGCUUGGAUAUGCAUUUGAGAUUUUUGCAGUUGGCAAUGGAGAAGCGCGUCAAAUGUGGCAGGAACUUGGUCGGCUUGUUCUUUUAAGCCCAAAGCAGUUUGGCCAUAUCAAUUGGUUACUUUUUGAAGGCAUCAUCGUCGAUUCUUUUGAAGGGAAGGAGGCUAUUACAAGCAUUAUGCUGGAACCUUUUUGUUCAAUACCACUUAUAUGGAUCAUUCAGGAUGAUAUCCUAGCCAUGCGUCUUAAGAUGUAUAAGGACAGAGGCUGGGAGAAUCUCGUUUCUCAUUGGAGAAGUACUUUUAGCAGAGCUAGUGUUAUUGUGUUUCCCAAUUUUGCUCUUCCAAUGUUAUAUAGUGCGCUUGAUACUGGAAAUUUUCAUGUGAUCCAUGGUUCGCCUGUGGAUGUUUGGACUGCUGAAAUUUAUAAGAAGACUCACUUCAAGUAUGAAAUUGGAAAGAAACUUGGAUUUGAUGUAGAAGAUAUCAUAGUUCUUGUGGUUGGAAAUUCUUUCUAUAAUGAGCUAUCACCGGAAUAUGCUGUGGCUUUGAAUCGCCUGGGACCUGUACUGACCAAAUUGCCGAGGAAAAAUCCUGGAAUUUCGUUUAAAUUUGUUUUCUUGUGUGGUAAUUCCACCAACGGAUGCAAUGAUGUUCUUCAGGAAACUGCUUCACGUUUAGGACUUCCUCGUGGUUAUUUAAGCCACUAUGGGUUUGAUCAAGAUGUAAAUGGUAUUUUGUACUUUGCCGAUAUUGUUCUAUAUGAAUCUUCACAAAAUGUACAAGAUUUUCCUCCCUUGCUCAUUCGGGCCAUGACCUUUGAAGUCCCGAUAGUGGCACCUGAUUUGCCUAUUAUUAACCAAUAUGUUGUUGAGGGGUUCCAUGGGUUACUUUUUCCCAUAUUCAGUUUGGAUGCUUUGAUAAGAGCUCUCACUGAUCUUAGUUCAACUUCUGAUGGAAGACUCACUAGAAUUGCUAGCAAUAUUGCUUCAUCUGGAAGAUUACUUGCUAAAAAUAUUCUUGCUUCAGAGUGCAUUACUGGAUAUGCAAAUCUCUUGGAGGAAGUCCUCAAUUUCCCAUCAGACGUUAUAUGGCCAGGUUCCAUUACCCAGCUUGCAGAAGCAGUGUGGGAAUGGGAUCUCUUUUGGAACGAAUUAAUGCAAGUAUCUCCCAAUGAUCAACGCGAUGAGAGUGUUAAAAAGAAAUCUAGCAUAGUGAUUAAACUCGAAGAGGAGUUCUCUGACCUUGUUAGUCCCUUAAACAUCUCCAGUCCUGGAAAGAGAAUUUUGGUGCAUGAUAUCCCAACUCAACAAGAUUGGGAUAUUAUUGGGGAAAUAGAACGUACUGAAGAAUAUGAUAGAGUGGAAAUGGAGGAGCUUCAAGAAAGAACAGAAAGUAUAUUAGGUUCAUGGGAACGAAUAUAUCGUAGAGCACGGAAGUCUGAAAGGAUGAAGCUUGAAAAUGCGAAGGACGAGGAAGAGCUUGAAAGGGCAGGGCAGAUAGUAUGCAUUUAUGAGAUAUACAGUGGACCUGGAGCUUGGCCAUUUUUGCAUCAUGGUGCUCUGUUUCGUGGACUUAGUCUUUCUACGAUAGCACUGAGGUUGAAAUCAGAUGAUGUCAAUGCUCCCCAGCGGCUUCCCCUUUUGAAAAACAGAUUCUAUCAGGACAUUCUCUGUGAGAUUGGAGGAAUGUUUGCUAUAGCAAAUAAGAUUGAUACAAUCCACAGAAGACCCUGGAUUGGUUUCCAAUCGUGGCAAGCUGAUGGGAGGAAGGUCUCGUUAUCUAGAAAGGCUGGAAAGAUUUUGGAAGAAGCAAUUCAGGAGAAUACUAGAGGAGAAGUUAUUUACUUCUGGGCGUACAUGGAAGUGGAUUCUGGAGUCAUAGACAGCGAUGAUGGUCCCUUUUGGUACACAUGUGACGUCUUCAAUCGGGGACAUUGCUGUUCUACAUUUAAAGAUGCCUUUAGGCGGAUGUAUGGUCUACCACCAUCACAUUCGGAAGCUCUUCCUCCAAUGCCUGAUGAUGGCGGUCUCUGGUCUUCUCUGCACAGCUGGGUGAUGCCUACCCCUACAUUUUUGGAAUUUAUAGUGUUUUCCCGGAUGUUUGUUGAUUCAAUAGAUGCCGUGAACGGGAAGCUUGGCAAUGUCAGCGAAUGUUUGCUGGCUUCCUCAGGGCUGGAGAGAAGGCAGUGUUAUUGCCGGGUGUUGGGAAUCCUGAUAAAUGUGUGGGCGUACCAUAGUGGGCGGAGAAUGGUUUACUUAAAUCCACGUUCAGGUUCACUUCAAGAGCAGCAUCCACUUGAAGAACGUCAGGCCUUCAUGUGGUCUAAAUUCUUCAACAUCACAUUGUUGAAAGCCAUGGAUGCAGAUUUGGCUGAAGCUGCCGACGAUGACGAUCCCCUGAGACACAAGUCAUGGCUAUGGCCAUUAACAGGAGAGGUAUUUUGGGAAGGAAUUUAUGAAAGGGAAGAGAAAAAAAGGUAAAAGGGGAAGAAUGUCCACAGAGAAAAAUUUAGUAGACAACAUCCUUAAUCAUCAACACAAGCAAAAGCCAGUUGGAGAAUGGGAGACGCAACUAAAUAAUCUCUUGCAGUAAAAUGGGUUUGUUGCAGAUCGUAGAUAGAGGAAUAUGUUGUGAAUAUGAAUGAGUUGAUCGAAAGUUGCUUGGCAGAAGAAUCGUCAAUUCAAGUACGUUACUUUCUUUCAACCUCUUUUCCAUAAUUCGUCGACUCUGACAAAGUAGCAAUCAGCAAUUAGCAAUUACAUGUAUUCUUUGGACGAUGUAUAUAAUAUCUGUAAUCGACAUUUUUUGCAUCCAAUUUAGAAUCUGAAACUUAAUGAAGGAUACACAAACAUCUAGAUUUUUCUAUACCCAGUCUUACGAGAAUUUAUGAGAGGAUAAUGGUUCUGGC